CCUGAUCUGGUGGGCAGCCCGUGACAGCCUCACUACCACGCAAACAAACACACUGAACGAAUAUUCUCUCACACCGCCGCCCAGCCAUUCCCCACAACAAUGUCGAAGCGCGUGGCCGAUCACGACACCGGCGACACGCCCCUCAAGGGCGGCGACCGCCCCGAGCCCAUGGACGUCGACGGCGACCGCGAGAUGGGCGAGUUCGAGGAUGAGUUCGAGGACGAGUUCGAGAGCGAGGACGAGAUUUUCGAGGCCGGCGUCGACGGCCGCCCCGACGCAGAGCGUGAGGCGGACGAAAAGGCUGCCGCCGCCAUGGACGUCGAUGCCAAUGGCACCUUCAUCGUCGGCCGCAACAAGCUCGAGGCCGGCCAGCACCUCGCCCCCGAUGUCACCACAUACGAGAUGCUGCACAACCUCAGCACCCCAUGGCCCUGCCUCUCCUUCGACAUCAUCCGCGACCGCCUCGGCGACAAGCGCGAGCGCGCUUACCCGGCCACCAUGUUCACCGUCGCCGGCACCCAGGCCGGAGCUGGCCGCGAGAAGGAGAACGAGCUCAUGGUCCUCAAGUUCAGCGGCCUCAGCCGCAUGCAGCGCGACGGCAACGACUCGGACUCGGACGACGACGAUGAUGACGAGGACUCGGACCCCAUCCUCGAGGCCAAGUCGAUCCCCCUGACGUCAACCACGAACCGAGUCCGCGCCCACCAGGUGCCCAACAGCCAGGACCCCAACGGCCCGGCCACCACGCUGGUGGCCGCCAUGACCGAGUCCAGCAACGUCCUCAUUCACGACAUCACCCCGCAUCUCGCCUCCUUUGACACCCCCGGAAUGAUUGUCAGCCCUCAGCAGAACAAGCCGAUCUGCACUAUCCGUGCCCACAAAUCCGAAGGCUAUGCCCUGGACUGGUCUCCGCUCGUCCCCGAGGGGAAGCUCCUGACCGGAGACAACGACGGCCUCAUCUACGUCACCACCCGCACUGCCGGCGGCGGCCUCGUCACCGACACGCGGCCCUUCCAGGGCCACACCAGCAGCGUCGAGGAGAUCCAGUGGUCCCCGAGCGAGGCGUCCGUCUUCGCGUCUGCCUCGAGCGACGGCACCGUCCGCGUCUGGGACGUGCGCAGCAAGUCCCGCAAGCCCGCCCUCACCGUGCAGGUGAGCGACGUCGACGUCAACGUCAUGUCCUGGUCGCGCCUGACCACACACCUCCUCGCGACGGGCGACGACAACGGCGUCUGGGGCGUCUGGGACCUGCGGUCAUGGAAGGCCGGCGCGGCCACGGAGAAGCCCACCCCGAUCGCCAGCUUCGCCUACCACAAGGAGCAGAUCACCAGCAUCGAGUGGCACCCGACCGACGACAGCAUGAUUGCCGUCGGCGCGGGCGACCACAAGGUCACCCUGUGGGAUCUGUCCGUCGAGCUGGACGACGAGGAGAGCAAGGACACGGCCGGCGUCAAGGACAUGCCCCCGCAGCUGCUCUUUGAGCACUACUCGGAGCACACAAAGGAGGUCCACUGGCACCCGCAGAUUCCCGGCACGCUCGUCGCGACGGGCCAGGAGUUUAGCAUCUUCCGGCCCAUCCCUGUCGUCUUUGGUGUGCAGGGCAAGUAGACCGGCGACGGGCAGCAAAAAGGACGGAUGGGAGAUGGAGAGGGAGAUCAAGGGAAGCUUCUCACGACGAGAACGAGGGAAACAAAUACGAGACCAGAGAAAGGGAAGACAGGGGGUACAAAGGGCAUGACUGAAUGAUUCGACACUUGCACACAUUUUCUCCGGCGUUUUGGCUAGACAAAUACAUCUCUUUACCCAUUCACAAUCCCCGCGCAAAGAAUAUCACACCGAGGCGGAUG